CAGCUAAAAAUCACGGUAAUAGCAAGGCAACGAGUGUAAACAAAGUGGUCGGGUAAACAACAGUGUGGCAACCAACAUGCAGGCGUUACAAGCCCAACAGGUUUAAACAGCUAUGUAGCUAGCUAGCUAACUAGCUAGUUCUUAUCGGGGUUCGGUUUUAAAAGGGUAUCCCGCAGAAAUGGCCACAGGAGGAUUCCAGGUAUGUAGCUAGCUAAUGUUGUAAAGGUCGGAACACAAGGAUGCUCUAGCUCAAAUGUGCAAGCAAGCUAAUUUAGCUGACUAGCUAGUUAUAAUUGUGCUAUAUCUUAGUUAGCUAUAACUAUUUGUCUAUAAAUUCGUUAUAACUAGUGAAUUGUGUCCUAUACCAGUUGCCCAGUGUGUGCGAUUUAUGUUUUUAAUCUCAAUAUUUAUUUAGGCACAGAGCACGCGACGGAGGGACCUCCCGCCUCUUCCACAGGUACCACUACCAUUAGCCUGCGCAACUACACUUACACGACCAUCCAUAUCAUACAUCUUAAAAGUGUGUUUCGACCUGUUACUAGCUAGUGUGCAGCACAUUGUUAGCCUAUGAGCACAAGCCCAGUCAAAAGACAGCUCUUUCUUUUCUUCUGUGGGUUUUAUGGCGAACUACAUCCAGAAGUUGUAUUGCUGCCACCAACUGGACGAUUUGAAACCAAAAAAUAAAUACAAAUAAAUCCAUACUUAAUAGUGAUUCUAACAGUCCACCCUAAUAAAAAAAAUAGUACAUUGCCAAAACAAACAAAACUCCCACUUCUUCCUUCUUUUAGUUCUCCAUAUCUCCCUUCUCAGGCUCUAGGAUCUGAGAAGGUGGUACGGCUUUUGCUAAUAUUCCAUGUAACUCCUUUGCUGUGAAAUCUUUCAGCCCCAGGAACCACUCCGCCGCAAUCACAAUGAUUUCAAUCUUCCUAGAUCUUUUCUCCACCUUGGCAGUGCCAUUUAUCACCAUUGCGAUAAAGGCCACAAAGUCCACCUUUUUAACCUUUAAAAUGUCAGGAUCCUCUUGGUGUAAGACAACCCCUGCAGCCUACAGUGAAGGCCUAUCCACUACCAUGGACUCUUCUGGUGCAACAUUCAAACCCUCAACCCUUUUCACAGCAUCUGUAUAUGAAAUGCUCUGUACAACCCUGACUUUGGCCACCUCAUUCUCCUUUACCCUUGUGGGGCAUUCAGAAGACAUGGCUUCAUGAUUCCCACCGCAAUUACAACAUGUCGCAUUUUCUUCAGCAAAAGACUGCUCACAGCAAGCCAGUUCCCAUAGAGCUCUCUGGCUUCUGCACUCAGCAACCUGCAGAGGGCACAACAACACCAAAGCAGAGAGGGUGUGACGGGACCUUGCUGUAGAACCAUACAGCAUUAGGGGCAAAGGUCAACAACACCAUGAAGAGGUGGAUGUAGCUUAUGUCACUUCAAAACUGUGGUCCAAUAUGAGAGGGAAAGAAAAUAGCGCCCUAAUAAUCAUCAACAUUGUUCUUACACCAAAUUCUUACAUCAAUAAAUGUGUUGUAGUUUAGUCUAGGCUACUUCCGUUGAGGGUCUUCACUGUAUACGUCAAGGGGUCAAAUCCCUCAGGUCUGAAUAGUCAGAUCUGAUCUAUGUCUUGGUUGGUUGGUAAUCCAAUACCUUGGCAGAUGCAUACUGCAGAUUUAGCCCAGGAUUAAGCAGCGUCACCAAGGCUGUGGCACAGGAAUAUCCUCAGAGCCCUUCCUGAUUCUUGGAUGGAAUGGUGAGAAAACAACUCACGGUAAGUUCUCUCUCAUACACAGUCCUGGGCCUGGUUUUGGGAAACCGGGCCUUGGUGCUGCUGGAUCUUCUCUCUGUACGAAAAUGACUCUCUUUGCUGAGUCCAGUUUGUUGAGUUUUGGAGGAUUUUAUUGUUGAGAUCAAUUUGAGAAAUGUAUUGUUUGUGACUGGGAGUGUUAUCUACUUUGAAAGCAAUUUUUGGAGAGAGCUUUGUACAACCACUUGUUUGGUUUUGUUGUUCUUUGGUUCCCCUCUGUUCCUAUCUCUUGGCAUGUAUGAAAAUAAUGAAGUAUAUUAAGUAAAUAUUAAGGUGUGUUAUGUAAGAUGUUGGCCAAGCCUCAUUCUCAUCUUCCUUGUUGUCCUCUUCAGCGUGGACAGCGUGCCCUGCCCCCCAUGUCAAGGUGAGCCUAGCCUCCUUAUGCUGUUGUGAUAAUGUUUCAACUCAUUUAUCCCAGCAGAACUGCAGUCUGAUACAUCUCUCUCUCUCACACACAAUCUCUUUCCCUUUUUUAUGUAUGGCAUUUAAACAACUGCAUGAAGUCAAGAUACGGGUGGUGAGUUCUUUAGAUGGACGUUGUAGUAGAUCAUUUACCUAUAGAAUUUAGGUUGGAGCUGCUGGCUUGGAUAUAGUUUACUUAACCUGUUUUGUCUCCUAUGUAGACGAGAUGCCGGUCCCUAAAAGCAAGAGGAAGAAGUUGAAGAGUCAGGUGGAUGGUGUUGAAAGCCCAGAGGGUGGGUGGAAAAGGAAUAGUUCCCAGGAAUAGUUCUCAGGAGCUCCUUCUGUUGAACUGCUGGUCAACAGCUUUGUUCCAGAGUUUGGAAUUUUGGAGGCACUUUGCCUUUAAGUUUCAAUCUAUCGAUUAAUUAUAAGGCUUGCAUUCCACUGUCAAAUAGUAGUGUAUAUACUGUUAAAGUACUAGUAAUGACUUGAACCACAUAGUACCGUAUUUUCCGCACUAUAAGGCGCACCGGAGUAUAAGCCGCAGCAGCUAAAUUGAAUGAUGUGUACAUAUAUAAGCCGCACUGGACUAUAAGCCGCAGGUGUUUUAAUGUUUAAUUACCAUAUGUAAGGGUUCGUGCACAGAGGGGAUUGUCGGGAAAGAGACAAACUGUCUCGACUCUCGUAAUGUCUGUCUGUCUUGCUCUCGUUCUGUCUCUCGUUCUGUCUCUCGUACCACUCUCGGUUCCACUUUUACUUUUGCGCGCUACCUGUCUCACUCUUUUCCGGCCUCCAGCUUUUCCUGCUGGAGCCCGCCGCUUAAAGGUGGGGGGCGCGGACCGGUCAUAGAGCCCAUAGAGUUAAAGUUGGUGGACUGUAACCUGUAAAAUCCAUAGAUUUAGGAGGUCUUCUAGUGGCCGUUAGCUGUAAAAAUCCAUAGAUUAGCCGCACCGUUAUAUAAGCCGCAGGGUCGAAAAAUGGGGAAAAAGGCGCGGCUUAUAGUCCGAAAAUUACGGUAAGUACAGCUCAAGUAUAUAAUAAGAGAGUUGUGUUGUUUGUAUGUGCAGCAGAACCAGGGAUGGAGAUGGCCCAGAUGGGGGGUCUGAGCAGUCGCAGGUCAUCUGAGGUCGUCCAGCCCCUGACCCCCGAGUCGCAGGAAGCUGCACCACAGAGAAGGAAGAGGAAGAAAAAGGCAGCGACUAUAGGUAAACAACAUGCCUCAGGGGAACCAUAGACCUACUCUUCCUACAUUUCAACUCAAACAUGAUAUUGUCUGUGUGUUAGCUCUUCAAGCACUUCUGCAUGGUUAAGAAUAUAUUCCACUUAUAUUCAAUACAUUCAGUUCUUUUUUACCAUAACCAUUUAUAGGCUAUAUGUCAUAGUUGUUCUUACUGUAAUCAUGAAAUGUAUUAGGUUAUUAGGAGCGUUGUUCGUUCGCUUGUUUGUGUCUCAGACCUGGAGGAAGACCAGGCUGACCUGGUGAACGGGGAUGGACUGGUCCAGAACACAGCCGAGGCAGGGGAAGAAGUGACCAAAAAACCCAAGAGGAAGAAGUAAGACACACAAUAAUAUAGCCUAUCUAUGGUGUCGAAAGUAGAGUAAAAUGUGUGUGGUAGGUUUUCACUUAUAUGGUUCUACUAUGAUAGAUCCUUCGCUUUUAUAAAGAGCUCAGUUUCCCUCUCUUUCUUUCUUCCUUCAUGGUCACUCCCUAGGAAGUCAAAAGUGUCAGAGACGCAGUACGUCAACGAGGUUGAUGUAGAGGACGAUGACAUCAUCACAGACGCUCAGCCACCCAUCCCCCAGCAUUCCCUGUUCUCUGCUCCCAUGGGACAGAGCCAGCCAGUGGGGAAGGUGUUUGUAGAGAGGAGCAGUGAGUGUCCCCCUCCCUUCUGUUAUUUAAUGUUAGCUCUACAUGGUAGAGUUUAAGAGUAUGGGUUGGUUUCCAGAACACAGAUUCAUAAACCUAGUCCUGGACUAUGAAGCAAUUUCAGUGGAAAACCUCCAUUGGAAGCGUUACUUGGUCGAGGACUAGUCAUGUUUCUGUGUCCGAAAAAAUUGGCCUUACAUGAAUUCUUUGGACCUCCUUUUGUGUCCUGUCUUCUAUGUUGGAUAAUGAUGUGUUGUUUAACUUUCAGAGAGGUUUCAAGCUGCCGAUCGGUCAGACAGACCGAAGUCCAGCGAUCAGGUGGACAACUUCAUGGACACCCAGCAGAUGUGGACCACCAAGGAUGUGUCUGUUAGGGUACAUGGUGGCUUCAGGUGAGUCACAUGUGUGUGCGUGUGCAUGUGUCUGUUUGAAAGACUGUGUGUUUGUGUGUGUGAAUGCUCCCUCUAUCUCACGUCUCUAUAUCUCUCUAAUAUACAGGGUGAUUGGGCUGUUCUGCCACGGCUUCCUAGCAGGCUAUGCAGUGUGGAACGUCAUAGUGAUCUAUGCCCUGGCAGGAAAACAUCUCACUACUCUGCCUAACCUACUGCAGCAGUACCACAGCCUGGCCUACCCUGCACAGUCUCUCUUCUACCUGCUACUGGCUAUAAGCACCGUGUCAGCCUUUGACAGGUAAGGAGGGGAGAGAGGGUGGGUGUGUGUGGCACACUGAGGUCAGGCCCAAAAUAAAUGUGGCCAUUGUUGUGAAAAUAGGGGAAGUCUAUGGCUAGAGCUAGGAGGUGUUUAUUUGUGUGUGUGUGUACAAAGCACUGUCGUUCUGUUCCAUCAAUAGACACCCUCACAAACACACACACACACACAUCUCCUUGCUCUAGCCACAGGCUUACACAUUUUAUAACAAAGGCCAACUCCAGUGUGCCCCGUCUCUCCCCAGUGUGUGUGUGUCUUUGUGGAGAGACUCAUUCUCUUUCCAUUUCAGGGUGAAUCUGGCCAAAGGCGCCAUGGCUAUGAGAGAGUUUGUCACCCUGGACCCAGUUGCUCUAGCCUCUUUCUGUGAGUUAAAACAUCUUUAUAGUAUGUUACUCUAUUCAUUCAGGACAGACCGAGCUAACCUGUAAACACUUUGUUUCUCUGGCCUUGGCAAAUGGUCAUUUCACUGAAGUAACUUUCCCUCUCCUCCUGCAGUGUACUUCUCAGCUCUGGUCCUCUCUCUCAGCCAGCAGAUGACCAGUGACCGCAUCAACCUCUACCCCAGCGCUAACGGGACCUUAUGGUGUGCUAACUAACUGUGUUCUUAUUGUCUUGAUAUUAGCAUGUAGUUCUAUGUUAGUUCUUGUAUAUUGAUUAUCCUACUCAGCAGUAUCACUGUUGGAGUCGGAGAGAAGAGAACCCCCUUUUCUUCUGUUCCUCGGACUCCAGCCAAACGAACCAAAAAGCAUUGUGACCUUUACACCCCCUCCCCUCUCCAGGCCUCCUGGGUCAGAGCACCAGAUCCUGAACCCGUGGAUCAUAGUGAACCUGGUGGUGGCUGUGCUGGUGGGAACGGCCUGGAUCUUCAUCUCCACUAGGCCUGAGAUGGACUACACCGAAGGUGAGACUGAAGUUGUGUUUUUUAAUUAAACAAACCGCAACUUAACAUUUCCACAGACAUAGUUCCACAAAAAUGGACAUGACGUUGACAAAGACUUACUGCACAACAGUCGCAAUAAACAGAGACUAAAUCAAAAAGAUGAAGAAAAACAACACCUACUCAGACGUACAUACAUUUUGACAGACAUUGUUUACAUGCUCAGUCCUAUAUGUUACCACGGUUUCAAUACUUAUUAUCUAUAUAUAUAUUGUUUAAGGUUUUGUAUACAGCAUACUGAUAUUGUAUACACCAUAGAAAUAUAAUUACUAGAAGGGACAAAGCACCUCAGACGGACCACAGCAAUUUGACUGGAUUGUACACACACUCAGCAACCUUACCGAAUGACACACGUUAAAGUCCCUUCAGAGAUGUGUGUUUUCAUUUUUCAUGUGUAUAAAAGGGAUGAUCAGCUUUGUUUUCAGUUGCCUUUAGAAAUAACAUGGGCUUCCAAUCUCUCUCUCCAUCUAUCCCCAAACCAGGGUUCCUAAUGGCUAUGGAGAUCGAGUCCUUGAGACCAGAGGAGAAAUCAGAAAUGUCUACUUGAAUAGUUUUUUUCCAUUUUUGCUUGCACAUCUUCUUUUGUACUGUAUUUUAUCAGCCAACACAAAAUGUAUACAUUGUUUGUGGUAAUAAUCAGUUUAUUUUUGUAUGGCCCGAAUGUGUGCUUGUUUUUUCUAAUGGAUUGAUUACCAUUGAAAAUAAUAACAAUUGUGUCCCACUGAGAUGCUUCUAUAUGUAAUUUUGGGGACUUUAAACCAAACAUACCAUUAGUAGUGUAUUGACCUGAAACAGCAUGGCUGUGCCUUGUUAUAUACC